CUGCGGCCGCCGUGAGGAAGGGGUGGGGAGGUGCCGUGCCCGGCCGCACCGAGCCGCUUCCCUCCGCCGCCGGCCCGGCCAUGGCGUACGGUGGCCUCACGGUGCCCAUCAUCGUCAUGAGCGUUUUCUGGGGGGUGGUCGGAGGCGUCCUGCCAUGGCUCAUACCCAAGGGGCCUAACCGAGGUGUUAUCAACACAAUGCUGGUGACGUGUGCUGUUUGCUGCUACCUGUUUUGGCUGAUUGCGAUUCUGGCUCAACUCAACCCUCUCUUUGGGCCACAGUUAAGCAAUGAAACAAUCUGGUACCUCAAAUACCACUGGCCUUAAGGAUGUCUGUCCUGUGCUGAAAUCUACUGGCUAGGUAAAGAAGAGAUUUUCUCCAGAUGAAACACUCCACUGCCCAAAGAUGCCCUUAACAUAGUCGGUUGGAUACCAAGCCUGCAUUAAUGCCUUAACCUUUCUGUUGUGCUUCAAAUGGCUUGUUCAAAGCCCUAUAUUUUUUUCCUACUAUACCUUUAACAGUGUGCCUAAUGCAGUUUAUACUCCUCUUUGGUGCUGUAAAUUUUUGUCUGUUAACUUCAUAUGUGAUGAAAAUUUCUAAAGUUUUUAUGGGUAUAGCUUUACUGUUAAUUUUUCUCACUCUACAGGAAGACUGUAUAUAUGUUACAAGCCUUAAGUUGUCUAUUGCUGUGCUCUUCACCUCUCUUCUCUUUGAUUGCAAUUGGUAAAAUAUCUGCAAUAAACUGUAUGAGGAGAAGACGAACAGUGGUGCCACAUGUUGAUGGCAUUUCUUCUUUUAAAUGAGUUGUAUUCUUGGGAAAUUUGGCCUUAAGUUUCUUAUGCCUGGAAAUAAAACUAAUCUCUGCUUUAUACAAAAA